AUGGCUGCUUUCCCCCUGCUCGCCGGUGCUGCGGGGCACCAGCGUCCCCCGUUCGCUCCUGUGGCGCCCCCCGAGGGCUGCACGGAGCUGUCGGCGCUGGGGGACACGGUGCAGAUCCACUACACGGGCAGCCUGGAGGACGGCCGGAUCAUCGACACGUCGCUGACACGGGACCCGCUCCAGGUGGAGCUGGGCAAGCGCCAAGUGAUCCCCGGGCUGGAGCAGAGUCUGCUGGACAUGUGCGUGGGGGAGAAGCGCAGAGCCAUCAUCCCCCCGCAUCUGGCGUACGGCAAACGAGGCUCCCCCCCGACCAUCCCAGGCGACGCCGUGCUCAGGUUCGAGGUGGAGCUCGUGGCCCUCAGCCGGGCCAGCUACUGGCAGAAGGUGGUGAACGACGUGUUGCCCCUCGUGUGCCUGGCGCUGCUCCCGGCGCUCCUGGGCCUCAUCGGCUUCCACCUCUACCGCAAAGCCAGCAGCCCCAAGCUCUCCAAGAAGAAGCUCAAGGAGGAGAAGAGGAACAAGGCCAAAAAGAAAUAA